UCUCUCUCCUCUGUGUAUAGAAAUAAGAAUCUUCUUCUCUCUCUCUCUCUCUCACAGUCUCUCUUCUCUCUCUCCAAAUAGGACCUUACACGUCUUUCUCUAUUUUCAGAAAAUAAUUAAAUUCGUAUUAAACUCAAAGCCACGUAAUAUUUCCUCCUUCUCAUCCUCCUCCGUCUCUGUUUUAAGAAUCUCAGGGCUUUAGCUUUGGACGGAGCUUCGAAAAAAAAAUCGAAUUUUUCUCGAUCUCCGUUAAGAUUGUUUUCCCGUGAUCUUGGACUUUUAUUACAUCAAUCAGAAGAAGAAGAAGACGUUCAGAUCACGCUUGAGAGGGCAUUUUGUUUUUUCAUAUGGACAGCACGGAAAGAUACUAGAUUUUCCGGUUUGCUGAUCCAUGUCUGAACCUUUAUACUACUUGUUGAUGUCUGGAUAAAUUUAUUGGUUGGCGAUAGCAUUCUGGGAAAAAAGGCAUAAGGAAACUUGUGGAGGCUCUCUAUAAAGAAAGAUGACAAUGAUGGCAUCGUUUUUGGAUUCUUUCGUAUCUAAAAUGCCUUCGUUAUCGACAUCUGAUCACGCCUCUGUGGUUUCGCUCAAUCUCUUUGUUGCACUUCUCUGUGCUUGUAUUGUGCUUGGCCAUCUCUUGGAGGAGAAUCGAUGGAUGAACGAAUCCAUCACCGCCUUAUUGAUUGGGCUGGGGACUGGUGUUGUCAUCUUGUUGAUUAGUAAUGGAAAAAGCUCACGCCUUCUGGUCUUCAGUGAAGAUCUUUUCUUUAUAUAUCUUUUGCCACCCAUUAUAUUCAAUGCUGGGUUUCAAGUGAAAAAGAAGCAGUUUUUCCGCAAUUUCGUGACGAUUAUGCUCUUUGGCGCUAUUGGAACUGUUAUCUCUUGCACUGUCAUAACUCUAGGUGUAACGCAGUUCUUUAAGAAACUGGACAUUGGAACCUUUGACUUGGGUGAUUAUCUUGCAAUUGGGGCCAUAUUUGCUGCAACAGAUUCUGUGUGCACACUGCAGGUGCUGAAUCAAGAUGAGACACCUUUGUUAUACAGUCUUGUAUUCGGAGAAGGUGUUGUGAAUGAUGCCACAUCAGUUGUCGUCUUCAACGCCAUUCAGAGCUUUGACCUCACCCACCUUAACCACGAAGCUGCUUUUCAACUUCUUGGGAACUUCAUGUAUUUGUUUCUCCUUAGCACACUGCUUGGUGUUGCGACUGGUCUGAUAAGUGCAUAUGUCAUCAAAAAGCUAUACUUUGGAAGACACUCAACUGACAGAGAGGUUGCCCUCAUGAUGCUUAUGGCCUAUCUUUCUUAUAUGCUUGCUGAGCUUUUCGACUUGAGUGGUAUCCUCACUGUGUUCUUCUGUGGGAUUGUCAUGUCCCAUUACACCUGGCACAACGUCACCGAGAGCUCAAGAAUCACAACCAAGCAUACCUUUGCAACACUGUCGUUUCUUGCGGAGACGUUUAUAUUCUUGUACGUGGGAAUGGAUGCGUUGGACAUAGACAAGUGGAGAUCGGUGAGUGACAGCCCGGGAACAUCGGUUGCAGUGAGCUCAAUCCUAAUAGGUUUGGUCAUGCUUGGAAGAGCAGCAUUCGUUUUUCCGUUAUCGUUCCUGUCGAACUUAGUCAAGAAGAACGAAAGCGAGAAGAUCAACUUCAAGAUGCAAGUUGUGAUUUGGUGGUCUGGUCUCAUGAGAGGUGCUGUAUCAAUGGCUCUUGCAUACAACAAGUUUACAAGGGCUGGACAUACGGAUCUGCGUGGGAAUGCAAUCAUGAUCACAAGUACGAUAACCGUCUGUCUCUUCAGCACAGUGGUGUUCGGUAUGCUGACGAAACCGCUUAUAAGAUACCUAUUGCCACACCAGAAAGCAACAACGAGCAUGCUAUCUGAUGACAACAACAACACCCCAAAAGCCAUCACGAUCCCUUUGCUAGUAGACCAAGACUCGUUCAUUGAGUUUACAGGGAAUAAUCACAAUGUGCCUAGGCCUGAUAGUAUACGUGGCUUCUUGACACGGCCCACUAGAACAGUGCAUUAUUACUGGAGAAAGUUUGAUGACUCCUUCAUGAGACCUGUCUUUGGAGGCCGUGGCUUUGUCCCUUUCGUCCCUGGCUCUCCAACUGAGAGAGACCCUCCUGAUCUCAGUAGAGCUUGAAAGAGGAGAACAACAAAAAGAGGAGAAGCUUUUUUGUAGAAAAAAAGGUGAUUGAAGUUAUGCAUUUUUGUAUGAUUUUUUUUUUUUUAUAAAAAAUUUGUAUUGUUGUUUGUGAGGACAGAAAGUUGUCCCUACGUUUUUGAGAACGUAAAGCAAAAACUUUGAAAGGAUUUCGGAUUGAUGUAUAUUCAUUGUCUGUUUUGUUGUAACUUUUGUAAGUUGGAACAAUCUGUUGUUUUGUUUUAAUAACAAAGUGAUUGAAUUAUUAUUACAUGAGUCACUUGUCUUUGUU